AUGGGCAAAGACGACAAGUCCAAGAAUUUCAAUUUGAAGGUGCCCAAGGGCACGCGAGACUGUACGCUGCACCCUUCGCUCGCAUUUGCAUCGUCCAAACUAAGCCGAUGUAUUCUAACGCUACCAGGGACCGGCGAGGAUGCCGCUCUUCGUGAUCGCCUUUUCGAGACCGUGACGACCGUCUUCAAGCGCCACGGCGCCACGACCCUCGACACUCCUGUCUUCGAGCUCAAGGAGAUUCUCAGUGGCAAGUACGGAGAAGACUCAAAGCUCAUAUACGACCUACAAGACCAAGGAGGAGAGUUAUGUUCGCUGCGCUACGACUUGACGGUCCCGCUUGCGCGAUGGCUGGCCAUGAACCCCAGCGUCCAAAAUUUCAAGCGCUACCAAAUCGCGAAGGUUUACCGCCGUGACCAGCCUGCCAUGACGAAAGGCCGCAUGAGAGAGUUUUAUCAGUGUGACUUCGACAUCGCCGGUACAUACGACGCCAUGAUCCCUGACGCCGAAGUUCUCAAGAUCGUAAACGACGUCUUCAAAGCCCUUGGCUGGGAAUCAUACACGAUUAAGAUGAACCACCGUAAAAUCCUCGACGGCAUGUUCAAGGCCGCUGGUGUGAAGGACGAGCUCAUUCGACCCAUCAGUUCUGCUGUGGAUAAACUGGAUAAGCUCCCCUGGGCAGAAGUGAAGCAGGAAAUGGAGACAAAAGGCUUGUCCGCGGACAUUGCAGACCAGAUUGGAGAAUGGGUACAACGCAAGGGUGGAGACGACAUUAUCGAGUUCCUCAAGGCCGACCCCAUACUCUCGCAAAACGAGGACGUGAAGAAGGGCAUUCAAGAUAUGGAGCUAUUGUUCGCCUACCUGGACGCUUUCGAUGCACGAAGCCACGUGUCUUUCGACUUGUCGCUCGCUCGAGGUCUGGACUACUACACUGGUCUGAUCUAUGAGGUCGUUACCGAAGGCUCUGCUCCUCGAGCGGAUGGCAAAAAACAAGAGAUUGGUGUCGGCAGCGUCGCAGCAGGAGGUCGCUACGACAACUUGGUCGGCAUGUUCAGCGGCAAACCUAUUCCAUGCGUGGGUAUUUCCUUUGGCAUCGACCGCAUCAUCAGCAUCAUCAAAGCUCGUGGUGAAUCGACACAACGUGCGAAGGAUGUCGAUGUCUUUGUGAUGGCGUUUGGUGGAAAGGGCUUUACAGGCAUGUUGACAGAACGCAUGCAGGUUGCCCAGGAACUGUGGGCUUCGGACAUCAAGACCGAGUUCUCGUAUAAGCUGAAGCCGAAGCUGCCGCAACAGUUCAAACAGGCGGAGUCGGCCGGUGUGCCGCUGGCAGUCAUCUUGGGAGAGGAAGAAUUAAAGGCAGGGAAGAUUAAGAUCAAGGUUAUGGGCAUAACCGACGAGAACAAUCCCGAGAAGGAUGGUGUGCUCGUUGAGCGGAGAAACAUGGCUGCGGAGAUUCGCAAACGACUGCCCAGUGCCAACAGCGAAUAGUUACACAUUCGGUAACAGGUCACAAAGAAAAGCAUUAGAUACCCAUAGAUAUUGACGCCUUCGGCAGGUUUGUAAUAAGCUCCAGCUGUGCAUCUCCUGUCGACGACGACUUAACAUCAUGCGUGCAUAGCAAUCUAUCUGUACAUUGUUGUGAAGGUUCUGUGUUCUGCCUGUGCUCGCACAUCACACAGCGCAUCCGGCGAUGCAUCGUCCUUGCACGUGUCAACUGCCUUCAUGCAUAAAACGCUGAGCAGACGAUGCAAUUACUUCUGCUUGACGUCGGGGCUCUGAACUUUGC